UCCAUGUGGCAGACCGGUAAUGCUGAGCUGUGGCUUCCGUCGUUUGUUUCUUUUGGCGAAUUUCUCGCGAGGCAUCACCUCAAAGCACUUUCAUUUAGGUGCUGCAAGUUGCUCCAGCUCUUGGGGUUCUAGAAAAUCAGUUGGGAAGGUGGAUUUUCUUGUUAAUCGUUUAAAAGACGUCGAGAAAUUAUCUACAAUGGCCGGUCAACAAGAUGGAGAGGUAGACAUCGAAACUGUGCUCGCGCCCCUGCGAGCCUCGGUGAAAGAGCAGGGUGACCUUGUGAGACAGAUGAAAGAAGGGGGGACUCCGGCCCAUGACAUCAAGAGAGCAGUGGUGGAACUGAAGGCCAGGAAGAAGGCUUUAGAAGAAAAGGAGCUUGCCUUGACGUCGAUAGGUGAGAAGUUUGAUCGGGCCAAGAUGGAAGACACUCUGAAAAGGCGCUUCUAUUAUGACCAGUCCUAUGCCAUAUAUGGAGGUGUGAGCGGGCUGUACGACUUUGGGCCUACAGGGUGUGCCAUGAAAGCCAACUUCAUCAACAUAUGGAGGAAUCACUUCAUCAUCGAGGAAGGCAUGUUAGAGGUGGACAGUGCUAUAUUGGCUCCAGAGAAUGUCUUCAAAGCAUCGGGUCAUGUUGAACGGUUUGCAGACUUCAUGGUGAAAGAUGGCAAGACUGGAGAAUGCUUUCGAGCUGAUCACCUCCUUCAAUCAUACCUAGAGAAGUUAGGUGCUGCCAAGAAGGUGACCGAGGAGCUGAAGAAGGAAUACCAGACAGUGAUUUCUCAUCUAGAGAACUACGGUAAAGAUGAGUUAACGGAGCUGUUUAGGAAGUACCAGGUGAAAUCACCGACCACAAACAACGAUCUCUCGGAUCCCAUGGAGUUCAACCUCAUGUUUGCCACUGCCAUAGGUCCUGCUGGAAACAUGCCAGGAUAUCUAAGGCCGGAGACUGCUCAAGGUAUCUUUGUGAACUUCAAGCGACUUCUGGAGUUCAACCAAGGUCGUUUACCCUUCGGUGCUGCUCAGAUUGGCACUGCAUUCCGUAAUGAGAUCUCCCCAAGGUCCGGCCUACUCCGAGUCAGAGAAUUUACCAUGUGUGAAAUUGAGCACUUCAUCGAUCCUACCAACAAAGAUCAUCCUAAGUUUGAUACCGUUGCCAACUUGGCCAUCCCUCUGUUCCCUGUCGAUCGGCAGGUUGGUGGGCUCUCUCCAAUCACCAUGACGAUAGGGGAAGCAGUUGAAAAGGGCAUGAUCAAGAGUCGAGUCUUGGGUUACUUCAUGGGUCGAACCUUCCUCUUCAUGAUCAAGGUUGGCAUCGAUCCUAAGAAGCUGAGAUUCCGUCAGCACAUGUUCAACGAGAUGGCUCAUUAUGCCACCGAUUGCUGGGAUGCUGAGACCAAGACAUCAUAUGGCUGGGUGGAGUGUGUUGGUAAUGCUGAUAGAUCCUGCUAUGAUCUCACGUGCCAUGCAAAGCACAGCAAGGUGGCUAUGGUGGCUGAGAAGAAACUGCCUGAACCCAAGACCAUUGAUAUUACAGAGGCUGCUCCCGUGAAGAGUGUGAUGGGGAAAGCAUUCAAGAAAGAAGCCAAGGUUGUCGUGGAGCAUCUGACUAGCCUGGAGGCUGACCGACUUGCAGACUUGGAGAAGGCGCUGAAUGACAACAGUGAAGCUACUGUGGAGGUGAAUGGAAAGAGCUUUAAAUUGACUCCAGACAUGCUCAAGAUCAAUAGAUAUCAGAAGACUGUUCAUGUGGAGGAGUUUACCCCGAGCGUGAUAGAACCAUCCUUUGGAGUGGGACGUAUCCUGUACUCUAUUCUUGAACACAACUUCAAAGUGAGAGAGAACGAUGAACAGAGAACGUAUUUCACUCUGCCUCCAAUCAUCGCACCAUACAAGUGCUGUGUACUGCCUCUCAGCUCCAACAAAGACUUUGAGCCUCUGGUAAAAACACUAGCCCAAGCGCUCUCCAAUGCCAGUAUAUCACAUAAGGUGGAUAGCAGCUCUGGGUCGAUAGGUCGUCGCUAUGCCAGGACAGACGAGAUUUCUGUGCCGUUCUGCAUCACGGUGGACUUUGAUUCGCUGAAGGAACCACACACCGUCACCCUGAGAGACAGGGACACCUUCGAGCAAGUCAGGACUCUGGUAUCCGAUGUAGCUGACAUCAUCCGAGACCUCUCCAGUGACAAGAUCAGGUGGUCUGACGUCCUUGCCAAGUAUCCAAAGUUUGAAGGUCAACAAGAGAAAGAUCAAUGAUGAUCACCCCAUCCAACCUUACUGUUUAUUUUGUCCUUUAAACCUGUUAACUAACAUAUUCAAAUUUAUCGAAAAUAAUAUCGCUAGUGACAUUCAUUUGUCUCCCAAUGUAUGGUC